AUGGCGACCGAACUGUCAAAUGCAUGUUGCAAUUCUGAAAUUGACAGAUUUAAGGGAGUUUAUAAGAAGUACAAACGUAGAGACGUGCCACUGAAUGUUCAGAACGUCAUUGAUUUACAUGGGACCAGUUAUUCUGACGAUGUUAUUAGCUAUACACUGCAUGAACCCUCUGAAAAAUUUCCUGGACUGAAACCUGUUAAGGACUGGAAGGCUUAUCAGCUUAAGAAUUGUGAAGGUUUCAUUGUCAUAAACAAUCCGUUUGAGCCCAAGUAUCAACGUUACUGGGUGGAGCGAUGUCUGCUGGAUUUUCCGAUGAAGCCCAAUAGAACAAACCUUGAUGCUCACAUGGAGAGGCCAUCGCAGGUGUGGCAUUCUUGCGUUGAAACUGAUAGGCCUAAUUUGAGAAAGGAUAGUCUGCUGAUGAAGCUUCGAUGGGCUACACUGGGAUACCAGUAUGAGUGGAAUACUAAGGAGUAUUUUGCCGACAGAGUGCAGUCAUUCCCAGAUGACCUAAGUCACCUGUGCACCUACAUCGCGAAGACCCUGGGCUACUCCAACUACUCGUCAGAAGCAGGCAUUGUCAACUACUACAGAAUGGAGUCUACCCUUAUGGGGCACACCGAUGUCUCAGAGCUUGAUAAAGCGGCGCCACUCAUCUCCUUCAGUUUUGGGCAGUCCUGCAUUUUCCUCAUUGGUGGCCCUACAAAGGAGACUGAGCCUAUUCCAGUAUUCUUGAAUAGUGGGGACAUCUGUCUGAUGACAGGAAACGCUCGUCUAAGCUAUCACGCUGUUCCUAGGAUACUGCCUGGCAACAGAGAGCACCUGCAUGCCUGUUUCCAUGGUGACGGAGGUAUUGAUGUUACAGACGACCAGAACGUUGCAAUUCAUGACAUUGACACUGAACAUGACCUUGAUGAAACUGAAAAUGACCCUUAUAGUGAUUCAGUGCAUGAAAAACCACCGGUUAUAAAUGUUAUUGAUAGUAUGAAGAUUAAUCAAGAAGAAAAUACUAUAUUGACUCCAACACAAUCAGGAAACAGGUGCAGUGUAACAGAACUCGGAGAUCUGAUGAAGACUGUGAUAGAUGGGACAGACUGGACACCAUUUCAGGACUAUUUAAAUGUCUCGCGAGUAAAUCUGAAUGUCAGACAGGUGCUAAAACCGGGUUUAGAGCUGGGAAGUUGUCCAGAUGUUAUAAAACCUUGCGAUAGAUCUGUUGAAAAGACAUAGGAUAUUUUUGUGUACAUUGUAAUGCUUUGUUUCUAAUAUAAUAUGCAAGUUUUAACUGAAUAAAACUAUCAUAUAUGAUAGCAUAUAUGCAUUUUUUUUUCUUUUCUGUCAAUAUAAAUGAUAAUAUAAUUAUGUUAUCCCAGCUACACAAAGUGAAGUGGGGGUUUUCUAGGAAUCAAGUGUGCUGCCACAUCCUUCAUGCAGUUUGUUUGUUUUGUUUUUGUCAGAUGCAUAACUUUCUUAUUCAUGGUCGGAUUUUAAAAUUAUUUGGCAGAUCUGACCACCAAAGCAUGUGAAUGUGUCAUGAACAUGACCUGUGUCCCUAUAUUCAAGGUCAAGGUCACUGCAAACUACUGAUCAUAAUUGUGCCUGUCCUUCCAAAAACUAUUUAUUUCAAGAUAUUAAUAAGGCGCAUGAGGUGCAUAGCAUAUUUGUUAACACAAUGUCUUUUAAAGUAUACAAUUUUUCUUCCUCGAAUUUAAAUGCAUCUACUCCAUUAUAUUGGUGAAUACUACAGCUCAAUUCUCAAGCAUGCUGAUAUGUACAGCAUUAGGUAGCAUUGAAAUCUGUAUUGUUUAUAAUAAUGGGGACUACAUUU